AUGUCAAGAGCUAAGAACAAGAGUUCAAUAAAAAUUCUGAUCAAACCAGCUAUAUUUAGCACUGGAGAAGACUCAAUAACACAUAAUGUAGUAUAUAGAGAAAAACUACCCAUUACUUGCUCUUCUGAAUUACAGGAUGACAGAAAAGUGAUAGGUUUUGCUGAAAUCGUUCCCGGACUUCAAUACUGGACAACGAUAGCCCAAGUCCUUGACAAGCAGAAACCUCUACUAUCAAAAGCAGGAAAUCGUUAUCAGAAGCUUACUCUGAUUGAUAACCAGGGAAUUACAGUGGAAGCUAUGAUAUACAAGUCAGAUAUAGAAUUCUUCCGCAACCACUUCAACUUGUACAAACGUUACAUGAUAUCCAAUGCAAGAGUUGAAUACACUCCGCUGGAAUACCGUGCACAUGAAAAUCAAUGCACCUGGUAUAUUGACAACUCUACCAUUGUCCAAGCAAUCGAUGAAGCAAGCCCUCCAGAAAUUCCCUCUGUUUUCACAUUCACACCUUUCAGAAGAUUCUAUCAACAUAUUGAUGACACUUCAGACAUAGAUACCCUUGGCAUUGUUGCACAAGUUCAUCCACGAAAUCACAGAGGCCCUACCCCAACCAGAGAAAUUGUCAUCAUAGAUAACAGCUUCAUGCCAGUCAUCCUAACUUGUGGGAAUCAAGCAGCUGAUAAUAGCAAAACCACUCUGGAAAAUUGUCUGCACUCCUGCAACAAGCAAGUGAAUGUCGUUCCAAGAUGUAGAUUAACCAUAGAGCUGGCUGACUACUCUGGAAUGCUCACACUUGAUCUAUAUGACAAUGAUGCAGAGCAACUAUUGCCCUUCACUCUGCUUGAAAUUCAAGAACUUGAAGACAAGCACCAACUCAACUACAUUGCUAUUGAACAAGCUAUUGAAAACACCAUUCUCACUUGCUUUGUGAAAAAAAUGAUGGGAAACCGUGGAUCCGGGGACACAGAAAAAUACACAGCCAUAAUAGUGCACAAAGCAAAUGCUCCAGAAAUCAUAUCAAAGAUUCCUACAACCCCAGCAUCGAUUGCUACUUCCUCCACAUGCGCUUCCUCGACUCCAGGACCAUCAACUGCAGAAGCUGUCCCAAAACACUCAACUUUUGACAGUGAGUUAUUCACAGCUCUCAAAAUUACAGAAAGUCCAACUAAGAGACAACGCACUGACGUGACUGAUAUGGAGCAGUAGAAUGUAAUAUCCUUACUUAAACUUUUGAUACACCUUUUGAACAUCUGAUCAUUAGCAAUCUCCAAUAUUGUAUAUAACGCUGAUGCAGCUAGAUAGCUAAAGAUCUGAACUAGAUCAUUCGCUCAGCUUGCCUACGCUUUUGAAUAUUAUGUAUAUCACAAAAAACUGUAGGCUAUGCUUUUUGAAGAGCAA